AUGUCUGAGGAAUUGAAUAGUACUCUGAGUGUGCCGAUGAAGCUGGACGCAUUCGUGUUCAAUGAACAAGUUUGCAGUGGCGGAGAAAAUGGCGAUGAUAUGAGGGCCAAAGUUGCUCCCAUCACUCAGCCGAAUUAUACGUUUCUGAGGCUUCAUGAUUCCCUCAUUCAGAGUGACAUUCUCCCUCAUCUAGACAUCCACAACUCAUUCAAGAACAGGUACAACUCACGGCUGACAAACAUUGAUACCGGUGAGAUCUACAAACACCGUGAAGGGGUUUAUUUGCAUUGGAUGCUGCCAAGGGUCUACCGUUCUGGUAUCGCAGCGACUGAAGAUGGCGGUUUGGAUCGCGAUGAAGAAGGUCUCCCGGAUGCUGCUGAUCCAGAUACUUCGGUGCCUCAAUUUCGGUCAAUCCCCAACAGAUGGCUGGUCAUCCGUCGUAUACGAGAGAGCGUCCCGAGUUUCAAUUCCAUCAGUGUUCCCGAGUAUGAAGCAUGGAUCAUCGAAAGCGACAAACAAAGUAAAGUCGGGACCAUGCCUGAUGAUGUGGAUCUCCAGGUUGACGUAGCUCCUUUCAUCAGUGCGCCAGAGGGAGAAGAUGUCAACAUAGGUGAACAGGCAGAAAUAUUCAUUGGAUCCAAGACACCAGUUGGAGACUGGACUGAGUCCCAUCCCAAGAGGGCUCCUGUCACGGUACUCAACGGCGGCAACAUGCUUUUCCCAGACUUUCAGCAACACAACUCGAAUGUAUUCAGCAUGCUAGAUAACUUCACGUACAAAGCUGGCGAGACUCAGAACGUCAUUCAGAGCGCAACGGCGGACUACUACGUGGUUGGGUGGCAUGCUGAAGCUGACAGAGAUCCUUUUUAUAUCAACGAAACAAGCAAAACUACUAGAUCUAUACGACUUAAGAAUUGUCAAAUGUUCUUGAAACCUGAGUCGAAAGACGGUUCGGGUUGGGCUAAUGAGUCCGCCAGCGGCCUAACCGUUUGUCAUGGGGCUAUGUACAAUGUCAAAUGGGAUGCCAAUAACAAGCCUCAAAAUAUCCCAGCAGACAAGGUCUCCAACGAGCUGCACGAUGUUACGCCGGUAGCCAUCGGGACAACUCCACUGGACGCCCUGCUAGCUUAUGUCAAGGCGCAUCAGCCUGACGAAACAGAUGAUACCAUUAGAAAAGUCAUGACUGCCAUCGAAAACAUCCAAAAGUAUUUGCUUGUUGAUGAAGACACCAUCGACGGUCAUGCUAAAGCACGAGAUUUGCUGCACAACUUCAAUUUUGACAAUUUUCCAGGAGGCACGAGGUUCCAUAUUUCGACUGCCCCUGACUCUGGAAAGCCAACAGUUAAGCCAGACAAAGAUAUCAUUGACAAGCUUGGCCGUAUCAACAAGGAACAGGUCCGGCUUGACUCGCUUGAUCGAACAGAGCAACGCCUUCAGUGGAAUCUGUUCUCCGUCUGGUGGUCUUUCGUUAGCCAGGGACUGCCUGAAGGCGACACGGAAAAAGAGAAGUUGACUUCAGACAUCAAGAAACAGGUCAAAGCUCUAAUGGAUGAGAAAACUGCCAUAGACACGGCUCGAAAGGAGUCAAAUGGCCAGCAGGGAGAUUUGCUGAACGAUCCUGCUAUAAAAAUUCUCAUAGCCAACGACAUCAUUGCGAGCACAGCCUAUUCAAACUUCCAGACGCAGCAAGAUCCAAAUUUACUUGUUGGCCACAUUGAGUCUGCGUGGCCACAUGACUGGCUUGAAUCACUCUUUGUUCGGGUCAACACUGACAUCACGGCAUGGAAGAGUCGAGAAGAAUUGGGCCAAAUACAAAACACGGUCGGGAUCAAUAAACUACCUCCAGACAUCCAAAAUACUGUGGCAGCUCUUGUCAAGGAAUUCGUUGACUUGAGCAGCGGUGACAAAACCGCACCUGAAGCAACCUUGCAGCCGCUGUACCACGAUACUGAUCCCCGUUUUGGCACAAAAAGAGAUGACUGGGGAAAUACACAGCCAUUUUUCCCCUUAUUCAUGGAAUGGGAGGCUGAGUAUGCGCAUAUUGACUAUGAGGCAUGGUCUUUGGAGGCCCGAAGGUUUGAAGCUGAUGGUACCGACAAGUAUAACUUUGGCAUUUCCGACAAGGAGUUUCUAUGGAACAAACCUGAAUGGAAGCCAGAAGUAACACCAAAGCGGAAGCAAAACAUCCGCAUUCUCUCUGGCCGGGUUCUUGUGCUGCCACAAGCCUCCUUCUCUUUACAGGCUCAAGUAAAGCAGGUAAUUGAUCAAACGCCAGCGGAGGAGCUCAAAAAGGCACUGAAAGGCAUGGAUCCUCAGGAUCUUAUACGAGAUCUUCCAAAAUUGACAUUUCUGUCUUCGCCCAUGGCAGGCUUCCAUGAUCACCUCUUGACGAUGAGCCAAGGAACGCAUAUUAAGCCAACCAUUCGGCAACCCGGAGGCAAGCUCUUUUAUAUCAAGGAUGCGACAGAUAAUGAUGCUGGCCUCAACAAGACUCACCUGGAGUAUAUGGGCACCGAGACGGAUCUUACGCCAUAUGCAUCUCUGGUAUACGUUUCCAGCGAGACAAAAGAUAGCCCUUUCAAGCCCGUCACGCAUGGCCAAUUCAAAUUGACAAAAUUGAACAUUAUUGACAAGUUUGGCCAAGUUGUUCAUGCGCUUGAUCCUCGAUGGGAGGCGCCUCCUCAAAAUCUACGACCCUGCCUCAGCGAGUACUUUGCGCCGCAGAAGCUGGAUCAUAAUAUGCCAAAUAUUGUCGAGAAGCCAUUACCAAAUCAAAUUGGAUCGCACUAUGCACAAAUACCUCCGCAUAUCAAUCAAAUGGCAAGACUCAACUCCUAUUUUGUGGAUAGGAAGAAAGAUGGCAAAUGGGCUUCUCAAAACGAGUGGGAUAAGCCUAUCUGGGGAUGGAUGGUGUUCAAUUACCUUGACCGAGCUAUCCAAUUUUUUCUCGAAGACGGCAGGUUCUACAGAGAAGUUCGUAUGGGAGGAGAAGCUGGCGCUACAAAGUCAGAAAAAUGGCUUCCUUUCAAAAAUACGUCUGGUGCCGCAGACGGUAAAACCCAGCUCGACCAUCUGAUCAAUCGCUUUGCCAGCGAUGAGAAGUAUUUAUCAUCCAUGCUGGACAUGAUUGGAGGUGCAAUGGACUACGCAGCGGUGGCUCCAGAUGCGUACGCUCAGUUUCUCAACAGCAUCAUCGGCCGGCCUUUGGCAUUGGUGAAUAUGGCCUGGAGUCUAGAACUUGGCAUAGAUGAGUUUACGACCCAGUCGAGUCUCAAGACGGCCAGACCAGCCAGAUACCUUUUGCCAGGCUAUGAUGGAAACGUGCCCAAAAAAGACUUGUAUGAGUUUCCGUUGAAACUAGGCGACAAGAGCCGUGCCUAUGACGGACUUGUUGGCUACUUCAAGACUCUGCCCAAGGAGGAACAGUCGCAGGAGAGCUAUCUCGACCUUCGAGAGUGCUAUACCUACUUUGGGGCUGAAGGGAAAGGUUCACCGUUGAAAAUUAUCAAGCCGGAUAAUUUCCCCCAUCUGAAGCCUUUCUAUAUCGAUGCCGUUCGUAACACUGGGGCAAAGAUUGAGCUUGAGAGAAACAAAAUGCUAGAGGAAAACACUUUCGGCGCCAUCAUAGAUCCAUUCUAUCCGGUCCACGGCUACACGAGUAUUCUACCCACGCAACCUCUCAAGAUUCCGGAAUGGACGUGGCAGGAUGCCUUGUCUCGCAUGACGGCCUUCUUCCACUUCGGGCCGCUAACCGUGACGAAAAAUGUGCCAAAUUUCAGAAAGGCCUACUUGCUCACGCAGGAUACCAACAUCAAGGAUCCCAAGUCUAUCAUCGCGGACGCUGUUGGGCUACCAAAAAUGGGUAUGGCGGACUGGGCUUGGCUCCAGCCCUACAGUGAAGUGCUAGAAGAGGGUGGUGAGGAAGAGACUUGUUUCAUGCCGUUGGGCCUUGCUGGAGCGGACAAUGAGCCCAAGUUUCAAGAGGGGCCUUAUACAUCAGUGGAGGGAUAUCUUCAACUGCGCCAGUCAAUUGUUCGAGAAUAG